AUUUUCCUGUGUUCUAAAACCGCCGACGCAAGAGCCCACCAUUUCCCUUCCCAUUUUUUCUUUAUUUAUAAUCCGAAUUCCUACAAGGAACUUGUUUUAGAUUAGUUCUUGCAGAAAUCAGCUUCUGUGUCUUCUCUUUUCAGCAACCCAGCAGGGCUGGAUCAGGAUUUCAGAGAUCAGGGGUUUUGUUUCUUUGCAUUUAGUUCUAGUCGGAGAAUGGUGGGAUCGGAGAGUGAGAAGAAGAGCAGGACUGAGGGAAAGCCAUGGAGAUGGAUUAUAAUUGGUGCCGUCAUUGCUCUGAUUGUUGCUUUAACUACAGCUUCGAUGACUACCCCUAAGAUCUCUCUAUUUAGACACCCUUGUAGCUGCUCUCAGAAGUAUAGUGGGAUGGUGGAGGAUUGUUGUUGCGACUAUGAGACAGUGGACCGUCUUAAUGAAGAAGUGUUGUAUCCAUCUCUCCAAGAUCUCGUGAAAACCCCAUUUUUUCGAUACUUCAAGGUUAAGUUGGGGUGUGACUGCCCUUUCUGGCCUGACGAUGGCAUGUGCCACUUGAGGGAUUGCAGUGUUUGUGAAUGCCCAGAAAGUGAAUUCCCCAAAUCAUUUAGGACACCUUUCCAUCGAGGCCUUCCAUCAGAUGAUCUUCAAUGUCAAGAAGGAAAGCCUCAGGCUGCUGUUGAUCGUACCCUUGAUAGUAAAGCAUUUAGGGGAUGGACAGAAAUAGACAAUCCCUGGACAAAUGAUGAUGAGACUGACAAUGCUGAGAUGACAUAUGUGAAUCUUCAGUUGAACCCUGAACAAUACACUGGCUACUCUGGUCCAUCAGCUAGGAGGAUAUGGGAUGCUGUUUACUCUGAGAACUGCCCCAAAUAUCCAUCUGAAGAGUUGUGUCAAGAGGAAAGGAUAUUGUACAAGUUGAUAUCUGGUCUUCACUCCUCUAUUUCAAUUCACAUAGCAGAUCGUUAUCUACUUGACAAAUCUAAAAACUUGUGGGGCUGCAAUGCUACAUUGAUGUAUGAUCGGGUUUUAAGAUACCCUGAUCGUGUUAGAAACCUGUACUUCACAUACCUUUUUGUUCUCCGAGCUGUUAUGAAGGCUCAAGAUUACUUGGAACAAGCUGAAUAUGACACUGGUAACCCUACUGAAGACCUCAAGGCUCAUUCCUUGAUGAGACAAUUACUCUAUAAUCCAAAACUUCAAGCAGCAUGCCCUCUCCCAUUUGAUGAAGCUAAGUUGUGGAAGGGUCAACGUGGACCUGAACUGAAACAGAAGAUUCAAGAACAAUUCAGAAACAUUAGUGCAUUGAUGGACUGUGUAGGCUGUGAGAAGUGUCGACUUUGGGGAAAGCUUCAGGUUCUUGGUCUAGGUACAGCACUGAAAAUUCUCUUCUCUGAUAAUGGCUGGGAUCACUUGGGUCAGAUUUUGCAGUUACAAAGGAAUGAAGUGAUUGCCCUGAUGAAUCUCCUUAAUCGACUAUCAGAAUCUGUCAAACUUGUCCACGAAAUGGGCCCUGGUGUUGAAAUGAUCAUGGAAGGGCAAAUUGCUGCACCUACUGCUUCAAGUAGCCUAUGGCAAAGAAUGCGAACAUUGUUAUUUAAAUCAUAGCAAAUGGUAAUCCACUGAUGAGAACUCAACAUUGAAGCCAAACACGCAUACAAAAGAUAGAUUAGGAAAACAUAAUCAAAGUUAAAAGGAAAUGUUGCCGUGGACAGAAUACAACAGGAAUGUAGAAGAGUAAUCUUGAGAAACAUAGUGUUGGCGAAUUGUAUUUAUUUUGUUGUAAGCCAGUAUGCAGAGUGUCUUUCAGUGUUGGACAUUUUGAAAUCCUCGUUCAAAUGAAAAGGACAAAUGUUAGGACCGAA